CCUGAACGUAUUCAGCCUAGCCUCAGCGUCAAGGGUUAUGAUGUACGCUCAGACGUCUGGAGUUUCGGCAUAACCCUCAUUGAGCUCGCUACCGGACAAUUUCCGUAUCCCUCCUGGCACUCCGUAUUCGAGCAGCUGACUUGCGUCCUUGAUGGACCUCCGCCACAACUUCCGCGCACUCCGAAAGGCAAGGCCUAUCGUGGUCCCGCCAGACCGCGACCCGAACUUGUGGACGGAGAUGAGCCAGAGGAAAACGAGGAUGACGCCAACAACAGCGAGGAUGCGUUUUCUCCCGCCUUCCGGCAAUUUGUUUCCGAGUGUUUAAAGAAGGACUUCCAGUCUCGACCCAAGUACCCCGCCUUGAUGAAGCUUGAGUGGUAUCAAACCUCCUUAAAGGCAGAAGUGGAUGUGGGUACCUACUUUUCGGACAUCCUAAGUCGCGUACCGCCAGGAAGCACACUAGCGGACUGCAUUCUUGAGGAAGGCCGCGACGCUCCUUGA